GGAUUGUUUCAAUUCCCUUCCCUUCCUUAGCCGCAGUAUACCUCAGUCACGUUUCCUUGCUCUCUCCAACCUGAACCGACUUCGACUUCGCCUCGCGCUGGAUCAAAUUGGGGCAUGACCGUCUUCCUUUCUAUGCGCCCUUCCAUUCAUUCCUCCGUCUGAAGUUUUGCCCAUUCCUUUCUUCGCACUCAAUUUCUUGUGGUCUCAUGAUUAUUCCCUCUUAUCGCGCUUUCGUACCUAGUCACCGUCGCAGUCGCAGUCGCAGUCGCAGUCGGCGAUGCUGGCGUGUUGGUGCUGCGGGGUGUUCAAGCGUGGUGACUGGCGGGAUGAGCCUUCGAAUCAUCGGAGCUGUUUGCUGCCACCCAUGCACUUGAUGGCUUCCAGUACAUAAUUGCUGCAGUUGUUGUUCUCACUCGUGGCCACUCGCAGGCCGUCAACAGUUUCAGUUUCCUGGAUCGGCCUAUCAUCCCACCUUGAUCCGUCAGCUAUUUAUGCCACUGCCAACUAAUAUCAACUCCGUAAAUAUGAUCCGAUUGAGCCUCAUCCACGGUGCUGCCAAUUACCAUUUAUCAGCGCGUCCUGCUGUCUCACCCAACAUAAGAAUUUCUUGCUACACAUGUGAAGCCACCGUGUUGACUUUGCUCCCAAACUCUAUUGGAGUCUUAGAGUCAAAAGUCAAGUGGUGAAUUCUGUCAAGUACAGUACAGUAGCACAACCGUUGGUUCAAAUGUGACCUCACUCGCUGUCUUGUCAACCCUUCUUCAACGAUCACCUCAUCUUCUACCAAAACGACAGUCAAAUCCACCAUGGCCUCUAUCGUGGCCCUCAUUGGCAACGCAGCCGAUAACAUCAAGUCCACCCUCACCACUCAAGAGUUUGGAUCCGACUAUGAGUUGCUAUGCACAGAGCUUUCACUCCAGUUAAUUAGGUUCCGUCUAUGGGGAGAAUCGGUAACAUACACCCGGCGUCCAUUCUUCAUAGAAAAUCCUAACAAGAACUGUACAGGUUGGCAUUCGUAUGGACGACCCAGAUUACUCCCGAACUCACAUUUUCACCCGACCUGAGAUUGAAGAUGUUAUAGCUCAAACCAUCACGAGCAUAGCUCAUCUCUUAGCUGAGAUUGAGGAACUCCGCCAGAAGUACGAUCUCAAGUCCCGGACAAGCUCAAGAAAAGAUUCUUUUUCACUCCAAGCUUCCAAAUCUCUCACGUCAUCAUGUCCAUCAUCUAUCGUCGCUCUACGACAACGGAUGGAAGACAAUCAAAAGCAAAAGUCCUUCCUCAACUUAGCGAAAUGGGUAUGCUCCGAUGCAAAGAUGUUCGAAGAGAAGGUUUCCAAGUUAAAAAACCUCAUGGGUGGCCUAGAGGGUAUUUCCAAAUCUGUCGAAACCACGAGUAUUGAUGUAUUCCGACCUCCAAGUUACACAGCAGGUGCAUCAGGCGAUAUGCCACCACCUUACACAGACACGGAGCCAAGACAGCGAACACGAACUCCGAGGAUAAACACAGACAUCCAAUCAGGACACUCGCGUCCUGUGUCGGUAUUUAGUCCUCUUUACAUAGGCGAGUUCUCGAAGCAUUACAUUGCAUUUAAACACGUUCUCGCAGCAUCAUCCAUCAAUCCCAUCGAACUCCACUCUAGAGCUCGAGAUAAGCUCACCCGGCUAUCCGACAUUCAGUUCAAGGAGCUCAGAACAGAUGCGUAUGACGACCUCAUCCGGAGACAAAAGUGUCAUGAUGCUACAGGAUAUCUACCAGAGGACCAACGGUACCACCCAAAACGUAACGUAGCAAGGAAAAGGCUUUCGACCCUCCCCAACAACCGAUUCCUAGAUCUGGUCAACGACCUAGUAGCAGAGAUCGAACACAGACUCGGCCCAGGAGCAGAACUGAGAUCCUCAACGGGAACUCUUUUCACCAUUCCCUCACUCGCUAGCCCACUUAAGUCAAGUCCCAUCAAUAUCUCCCCACCAUCCAAAUACGCUACCGCGUCGUCUCCAAACCCUCUUCGUCUUACCCAACUAUCCGCGACCUCUCAAUCACUAGCCCCAAAGCAAACUUACAUUCCUCUGACCCCUCUCGUCCCUUCCCCUUCCGCCCACCCCUCAUCCAUCUCCUCAGAGACCACAACCUUCCAAUCCUUCCGUGUCUCGCCCUCUGCAACGACAUCCGUACUUCUCCCAGCCGCGAUGGAGAAAUACGGUAUCAGUGCUCCUUGGCAAGACUACAGUCUUUGGAUCAUGUACGGUCCUUCCCAUAGUUUGGAAAUGUGCUUGGAAUUGGAUGACCGCCCGCUGUCUAUCUUUAAGAGGUUGGAGAGGGAUGGAGAGGGCCCUAUGUUUAUGUUGAGAAAGAAUACGUGAUUUCUUGCAGUCGUGGAUGGGGAUUGGUACUUGCGAAAUCUGGACUGUCGCUUUUGUUUGCGAGGAUCUUACAUGAGAGUCUACGGAUGGUUAUAUCAAGAUCGGACUUAUGAAAUCUGGGAAGCUCAGUGGCGUUGGGAAUCUGUGGGAUGUUUUGUGAUAUCAUGGACCUUCUUCUGGACAGGAGGGGUGUUGAUCGCCUAGCUACAUCCUUUGAAUAGCGUUGUUUUCUUGAGGGCUCUCCGUGUCUCCUGGGCAGGAAUAGCAGAUGUCUAUUUUCAGGUAGUAAUCCAGCCUUUACUUUGUAAAACCUGGGGUUUUGUAGAAUCAACAAUGUUAUUGUAGAUUGCCCAAAACGGUAUUAGGGAUGGUUAUUCAGUUCUAGAAAAAACCGAGUUGAUAUCUGG